GGAGGACAUUUGGAUGUUGCUGUAGUUGCUGAUUCACCAUGAGGGGAGAAAGGUUGUUUAUCGGGUUGAUAGUUUUUGGUGUAUUUGAAUAUUUGUGUGAUGCUCAAGGGGGAUAUCAGUCUUCCAACAGUAAUGCAGGAGAUUUUGUAACAACCCCACAGCUUAACAGGAAGCCAGUGGGCUCACAAGCACCUGUCACAGCCCGCCCAACAUUUGGAAGACCAUGGUUCACCCAGGGUCCUGCGACCCGCCCAACCAUUGGACGACCAGGCUUCACCCAGGGCCCUGCGACCCGCCCAACCAUUGGACGACCAGGCUUCACCCAGGGCCCUGCGACCCGCCCAACCAUUGGACGGCCAGGCUUCACCCAGGGUCCUGCGACCCGCCCAACCAUUGGACGGCCAGGCUUCACCCAGGGCCCUGCGACCCGCCCAACCAUUGGACGGCCAGGCUUCACCCAGGGCCCUGCGACCCGCCCAACCAUUGGACGGCCAGGCUUCACCCAGGGUCCUGCGACCCGCCCAACCAUUGGACGGCCAGGCUUCACCCAGGCUCCUGUGACGCCCCGCCCGACCCUUGGGGGACCCAAAGGGUCUACAAUUCCAGUGGAACCUCCUACACCUAAACCAGAUGCUGUGAAGGCUCACUGUGGGGAAAGCUCUGUUCAGUUGGAAGUGGAUAUGGACCUGCUUGGCAUCGGCCACCUUAUCCAGCCCACUGACAUCACACUAGGAGGCUGUGGACCUGUUGACCUGGAUGGGUCUACCCAAGUGCUUCUAUUUGAGACUGAGCUGCACAGCUGUGGCAGUGUGCUUGCAAUGACUGCUGACUCCCUAGUGUACACCUUCACCCUGAAUUACCAACCUAGUGCACUUGGUGCUACUCCCAUCAUUAGGACAUCAAGUGCUGUGGUGGGCAUUCAGUGUCAUUACAUGAGGCUGCAUAAUGUGAGCAGUAAUGCCCUGAAACCAACCUGGAUCCCCUACCACUCCACCCUGUCUGCUGAGGACCUCCUUGUAUUCUCCCUGAGGCUCAUGGCUGAUAACUGGCAGACGGAGAGGACAUCCACGGUGUUCUUCCUUGGGGACCUCAUCAACAUUGAGGCUUCAGUGGUCCAGGCCAACCACGUGCCCCUCCGCGUGUUUGUGGAUACCUGUGUAGCUACUUUGGACCCUGACAUGAAUGCUGUCCCCAGAUAUGCUUUCAUUGAAAACAAGGGGUGUCUAAUGGAUUCCAAGCUGACCAACUCCCGCUCACAGUUCCUGUCAAGGGUACAGGAUGACAAGCUGCAAUUUCAGCUGGAUGCUUUCCGGUUUGCCCAGGAGACCAGGAGUGCUAUCUAUAUAUUCUGCCAUCUGAAAGCCACUGCUGCCUUGCCAGAUUCAGAAGGGAAGGCCUGCUCAUUUCCUCUUGGAAAGGAGCGGUGGGUUAGUGCAUCUGGGAAUGACCAGGCGUGUAGUUGCUGCGACACCAGCUGUGCUGGGAGGAAGGGCAGGAGUGUGGAUUCAGGUGCACAAUAUGAGGGUGGUGCAGUCCUGGGGCCCAUUGUUAUCCAGGAGGCUUCCAAAGAUGUGCCUGAGUCCCCUGGCACUCUGACAGCUGAUCACAGAGCAGGAGGUUCCUCUGAGGCUGUGAUCAUGGCAGCAGUGAUGGCUGCAGUGGGACUGGCUUGCAUGAUUGUGCUGGCGACUGUCCUGGUGUGGAGACGCUACAAACAUGUGUUGUAAAUGGGUGCAGGUUUAUAAAUAAAACGGUGGAAGAAAAUCUA